CCUUCCCAACAUCACCCUCCCUUUUUUUCCUCCGAAAUUCUCGUUUCUUUCUUUACUAAUUUCCUCCAUUGAUUUUUCCACACCCAAAUACUCUCUGACUCUUUCUUUUUCCUUCUUUCUAACACAAUAAAAACCUACCUCUCUUCUCAACUUCUGAUUUUCUACCUGCGGUAAUCUCAGGGAACUUCAAUUAUUAUUAUUCCCCUUUCUUUGCCUUUUGUUUUUCAAUAAUUGUUUUGAAUUACUGUAAACUGUACCCAUGAUCGAGUGUGAAUUUAUAUAGUACCCAGUUGGGGAAAGUUUAGAUUUGGUAAAUUGGGUGGGCUCAUUAGUUAUAAGUACAGUUUUGUGUUUGUGCUACAAUCACUUUUUUUUUUGGAGCUUAACGAUUAUAAGUUGAUUUUGUUGUGUAACUGUAAUUAAUUUGUUGGAUUAGAGGAUCAUGCCAUAAAAAAGGGGAGGGUUUUGUUUGUUGUAUUAUUAGUGGGAGUUAAGAUUAAGGAUGAAGAGAGGGAAAGAUGAUGAGAAGAUGAUGAUGGGUCCACUUUUUCCUAGACUACAUGUUGGUGAUACGGAGAAAGGAGGGCCAAGAGCACCACCUAGGAAUAAAAUGGCUCUCUAUGAGCAAUUUAGUAUUCCCUCUCAAAGGUUCAACUUGCCACUACACCCAAACACUUCUACCAAUACAGUUCCUCCAUCCUCCUCAAUUCAGGGGACUGUCUUGGAGAGAAAUUAUGUUUUUCGUGGUCAUUUAACUUCUCAAACACCUAUUCAUCAGGCUGAAAAACGUAGUUCUCUUCAAUUGGAAGGGGUGAAUUUGAAUACUUCUUUGAGUCAACUUGAACAGAGAAAGAAGGUUGAUGAAGAUGACUUUAUGGUUCCUGUAUACGUUCGUUCAAAGAUUGGUCAAUCUAAUGAUAAAAGUCUUGAGAGUUUUGAUGGGAAAAAACUCAAUUCUACACGCUCUAGGUAUUUUGGUUUUUCAAAAGCUGGGAAAACUGAUUGUGAAAGGGAUCCAAAACAGUAUGGCUCCCAUCUUGUCAAUACGAAGAUAGAUGUGAGAAAUGAGAUUGAUGGCCCUCCACAAGUAAGUCCAAAUAAGGAGCAUCCGUUUACGUCUGUUAGAGACAUAUCAACUGGAGAAAGUGUUGACACCUUAGUUAGACAAGCCAAGGUGACUCUAAAUCAAGAGUUUUCAGAUUGUGCUGUAUUCAAAUUUAGUAGCUUACGGCAAGUUGAUGCAUGCUCACGAGAAGAAUGUGGAACUGAGUCUCAAUCCAAUGGAAUUCGACAAAGUAACACUCUCGUUGAAUCUACAAGGGGGGUAGACAAGAGUAAUGACCCUAUAGCAAACCAAACCAGUCCAACCGAGGCUAUCAAUGGCACUGAAUAUAAAGAUACCUGGACUGGUAGUCCGAUACAGAAAGGAAAUUUAAACAGAAAAGACAACAUUUCCAAGAUCUCUGGGGUAGAAAAUUUGUCAACCCUGAAAAUUUCUCCUGAUGAUGUUGUUGCAAUUAUAGGUCAAAAACAUUUCUGGAGAGCCAGAAAAGCAAUUGCCAAUCAACAGAGAGUGUUUGCAGUCCAAGUGUUUGAGUUGCAUAGACUGAUAAAGGUCCAACAGCUGAUUGCUGGAUCACCAGAUCUAUUGUUUGAAGAUGGUGCUUAUCUGGGAAAGUCUCCUCCAGUUGGAUGUACUACCAAAAAACUCUCAUUGGAAUAUGUUGUAAAACCUCGGGAACAAAAUCUUAAGCGCAAAGACGAUUCUGAAAAGAUAAAUCAAGAAAUGGAAUGUUCUGCAGAGAAUGCUGUCGGUAAAACAUCUAUUUCGUCAGUGAAAAAUGGGAGCUACCUUUCUACUGCAACACCUUUUGCCGGAAAUCCACAUCAAGGAAAUAUGGCUGCUGAUAGUGGAAUGGGUCCCUGGUGUUUCAAUCAGUCGCCUGGGCAUCAAUGGUUAAUUCCUGUGAUGUCUCCUUCUGAAGGGCUCGUCUACAAGCCAUAUCCUGGACCUGGAUUUACAGGAACAAAUUGUGGAGAAUAUGGGCCAAUUGGGGCUGCUCCUUUCAUGAAUCCUUCCUAUGGAAUGCCAGCUCCACCAGAGACUCCACCAGGAAGCCAUGCUUACUUCCCUCCCUAUGGCGGAAUGCCAGUUACGAAAGCAGCAGUUGCAGAGUCAGCUGUUGGACAUGUGAACCAAUUCUCUGCACAUGGACAAAAUGACCAUUUAUCUGAAGUGGAAGCCAAUCAUAACAAACAUAACCAAAUCCCAUGCAAUCUACCAGCUCAGAGAAAUGGAGCAACGUCACAUGUCAUGAAUCGUCAGCGACACAAGGAGUUUGAGUUGCAGGGGAGUACAGCAAGUAGUCCUAGCGAAAUGGCACAAGGAAUGAGCAUUGGACAAGUUUCUGAAGGAAGAGAUGUACUUCCUCUUUUCCCUAUGGUUCCAUUAGAACCAGAGGUAGUACCUCAGUCUCCUGAAACAAGACAACAAAGUCGAGUUAUCAAAGUGGUGCCUCAUAACCGAAGAACUGCAACUGAAUCAGCAGCUAGAAUUUUCCAAUCUAUUCAAGAGGAGAGAAAACAGUAUGAAUCACUCUAGUGCUGUUUAUUGGCAUGGAGGAUCCAUUCAAUGUCUAGUUCCUGUACUUUCUGCAGGUUUGGCAUCAUGGAACGGGAUAUUAUAUAUUUUUAUUUCUGGUACCUAGUUACUUUCAGCACAUUGUUAUGUAGAUAUGUAUGUCAUAUCAAAAUUGGUCAAAACAUAGUAUUAUUGUACGUUGUCCUCUUAAGUACUUGUACGCCUACCACAGGAAUUGAAUCACCCGGAAGAGUUAGUACUCUGCUGCGCUCCCUUUGUUUGGGAGGAGAUUUUGUAUCCUAUAAUACUACUUGGCUUGAAAACUAGUGAUUAAUGAUGAUCAUAAAUGUUAGGUUUUAUUCUAGUUUUAGUUUAUUAUUUCAUGUAAGGCAAAUUCUACCCUACAAAUUCAUUGGUUGUGUAUGUUAUAUCAUAGAUAGUUGUUUUUUCAA